AUGAAUCCUGAGUAUGAUUAUCUGUUCAAGCUUCUUCUUAUUGGAGACUCUGGUGUCGGCAAAUCAUGCCUUCUUCUGAGAUUUGCUGAUGAUUCUUACAUUGAUAGCUACAUAAGCACCAUUGGGGUUGAUUUUAAAAUCCGUACCGUUGAGCAGGAUGGGAAGACUAUUAAGCUCCAGAUUUGGGAUACAGCUGGCCAAGAACGAUUUAGGACAAUCACCAGUAGCUACUACCGCGGGGCACAUGGAAUCAUUAUUGUUUAUGAUGUUACAGAUGAAGAGAGCUUCAAUAAUGUGAAGCAAUGGCUCAGUGAAAUUGACCGCUAUGCUAGUGAUAAUGUUAACAAGCUCUUGGUUGGCAACAAGUGUGAUCUGACAGAAAACAGAGCUGUGCCAUAUGAAACAGCUAAAGCAUUUGCCGAUGAAAUAGGCAUACCUUUUAUGGAGACUAGUGCAAAGGAUUCUACAAACGUCGAACAGGCAUUUAUGGCAAUGGCUUCUUCCAUCAAGGAAAGAAUGGCAAGCCAACCUACAAACAAUGCAAGGCCUCCAACAGUGCAGAUAAGGGGACAGCCAGUUGGGCAGAAAAGUGGGUGCUGCUCAUCUUAA